AUCUUUAGUUUUUGCAGCUCGUGGGGCAGUUCAUUCCACAGGUGACUGCCUGCAGAGCUCGUCAGCACAGGGACAGACCACCCUGCAGCCAGCUCAGCGUUCGUCUGAACAGCAAGAUUUAAUGAUGCCUAAUCAAUACAUUUCUGUGAGCCCUGCAGACAAUAUCACUGUGAAGACGGAAAAUGGACCUAGUCUGAAGAAAAAGCGCUAUAUCCGCAAAGAGGGCAGCUGUAAUAUUACCUUCCGUCAUAUUCCUGAGGAGUGGCUGCUGUUUGUCACGGACAUCUUUACCACCUUGGUGGAGAUCAAGUGGAGGAUAAUGUUCCUGAUGUUCACCCUGUCGUACAUCCUGUCCUGGCUCUUCUUUGGCAUCCUGUUUUGGGUCAUAGCUAUAGCCCAUGGGGAUGUCCGGGACCACCACAAUGACCCGUGCGUAUACGAGGUGCGCAGCUUCACGGCUGCCUUCCUCUUUUCGCUUGAAACUCAAACCACCAUCGGCUAUGGUUUUAGAGGAAUGUCAGAGAACUGCAUGAGUGCCAUAAUCCUUGUCACUGUCCAAGACGUCAUCAGCUGCUUCAUCGACACCUUUGUGAUCGGCGUAGCAGUUGCUAAAAUGGCCUCCGCGAGAAAGAGGGCGCAGACCGUGGGCUUCAGCAACUGCGCUGUCAUCAGCCUUCGAGAUGGUUACCUGUGCCUCUCCUGGAGGGUCGGCGACUUCCGCAGGUCCCACCUUGUGGAGGGGACGGCCUCUGCUCAGAUUGUUCACUUCACAGUGCACACCACAGGUAAAAUAGAUGUCACCCAUGAAGAUCUGGUCAUCCUGCAUAGGGACAUUGUCCUUGUCACACCCACCACUGUCCUACACCAAAUUGAGCCUGGGAGCCCAUUAUACAAGAUGACUCUAGAAGAUCUUCGGAAGGCUGACUUUGAGUUGGUGGUGACAUUCACUUACACAGAUGAUACCACGGGCAUCCUGCACCAAACACGGACAUCCUACACUCCAGACGAGAUCCUCUGGGGUCAUCUGUUCCAGGAGAUGAUUAGGGCUAAAAGGAACCACUACAGGGUGGACUACAACCUGUUUAAUCAAACCGCUAAGGUGCACCUGCCCAUGCUCAGUGCUGAAGAGUUUGAGCGAAAGAAGCAGCUGCAGCUGUCUGCUCGGAAAUCUCCCAGGAGCACCACGAAGGCCUCGCCGCGGUCCGAGUGUCACCGAAAUCAGCUGAAAACUCCAUCAGUGCGAGUUGAAGUCGUAGAUGACGACCCUGAGACAACCGUGUCGACAUGUCAAGCAGGAAGGAAAUGUCUGGACACUCUGUCUCCACCUCAUGGCCUCCCUGAUGAAGAAUGAGCUGAGGCUGAACAUUUUACACAGAAAGCUUUCUGCAGGAUUUUAUUCAGAGUCAGAUUUAGCACAUUUCAACCAAAAAGAUAUUAGGUUUAAAAAGCAAAGGGUUGUGGGGUUGAAACACUGUAACCCUUGUGCUAUCCUAGGCACUUUGGCAUUGGGAGUUGGGUCAUCUAGACCCACUAGACCAGGGGUCGGGAACCUAUG